AUUAUAAAUCAGUUGAUGAAGAGCUUAAUAAUCAUAUUUGGGUAGAUGAAGAAAUUGAUGAAAAAGCCAAUAUUGCGGAUAGACCUACUUAUAAUUAUGAUAAUUCUGGAAGAACAUUAAAACAAAAAAAAGCUGAUCUAAAAAAAGCAGCACAAAAUAUAAAAUCUAUUACUUCCUACUUAUCUUUAACCAAUUCUUUAAGGUUUAAUGUUGCUUUAACAUCUACUUAUAAAUUUUUAGCUGUAGAUGCAGCAGUGCAAUUAAUGAAGAAAGAUUUUGUUAAUGAGGCUGUAGAUACAAUAGUGAUUGAUGAGGAUGGAGAUAUAAUAAUGGUUGAUAAUGCUGUAGAUUCAAUAGUAAAAUCAGUGGAAAUAAAUGUGAAUGAUGAUAAAGCCUGUAUGAAACGAGCAAUUGAGAAAUUAGACAAUAUGCUAGAAAAAGACAGUAAACAAAUUAAUAAAGGAACUAAGGUUCGUUUACAAGCUGCAUUGCAAUAUUUGUGUUUGAGAUAUCAAGAAGUUUUUUUACCUAUGAUGGCUGAAUUAGAACCUCUUCUUAUUGAAUAUAAUGAGAAUGAUUUAAUAUUAGUUAAAAAAAAUCUUCCUCUUAAUCAAAAACCACAUUGUGAACAAAAAUUAUGUUCAAAGGGAUGA